AUGGAUCACUCUGACCUCAACGUUGUGACUUGGCCUUACCAACUCACGGAGGCGGUUCAUCGCGAUCUAUAUCCUGUUCUAGAUCCUUCACGUCCCGAACUUUCCGCGGAGGGUCAAACCGUUCUCAUUACGGGCGUUUCCGGCGGUGUCGGGAAGGCGAUUGCGGAAGCCUGGUCGAUCGCAGGUGCGUCGGGGAUCGUCAUCACCGGCCGUAAAAUUGAUACGCUGAACGAGGUUGCUGCCAAGAUUAAAAGAAUUGCUAAAUCACCAGAUGCGAAAAUUGUUGUGCAGACAGCAGAUCUCAAGUCGGAAACCUCGGUUCACCAGCUCUGGGAUAAGGCGAUAAAAGAAUUCGGGAAGAUUGACGUCCUCAUUAAUGAUGCUGGAAGCAUGAAUUUCGCGCCGAUUGGGCAAAUUGAGCCAUCGGAGUGGUGGAAUGAUUUUGAAGUGAAUGUGAAAGGGCCAUACCUUAUGUCCCAUUAUUUUCUUAAGCAAGCGAAUGGAAAGGGAACGAUCAUUACUGUUAGCUCCGGCUCUGCCGGCAGCACAUUUCCCAACAUGAGUUCUUACGCGUCAAGUAAACUUGCCCAGACCAAGGUCAUGGAGUUCAUCCACGUUGAGAAUCCUGGUAUCCGUACCUUUACUUUACUUCCCGGCCUAUUAAAGACAUCAAUGACAGCUAAACAGUACUUGCCAUUCGCACAAGAUAAUCCCAUGUUGUCGGGCGGAAUGUCUCUCUUCCUUUGUACACCAAGGGCGGAUUGGAUGAAGGGUUGCGUCAUGAGCGUUAACUGGGACAUCGAAGAGAUGGAAUUGCAUAAAGAGGAAAUUCAACGAGAAGGCAGAAAUAAACUAACUUAUCUAAACGCGCAAUUGAGAAAAGGUGGCCAUCCUUGGGAGAAUCGCGCCGAGAAGUAA